CUUGAAUAUAUAUUGGAUAUAAAAAAGAAAAAAGAAAACAUCAUUUGCGGAGCCGCUUGGUCUUGGACCAAACGAAACAAACAAGCCAGGCUAUUUCGGCGAUUCCUCAGUCAGUCCUUCACCGUUGGUCGUUUCGGUUUCGAGUUCGGCACACCACGUCGGGGAUCCAGCCGCCCAAGUCUAUUCGACCGGAGAAGGGUGCUUCGUGCCCGGCCGAAUGCAGUCGGAGCUGCCCGGUCUUAAUAUGUACGCCGGACCAGGCGGAUCAUCGGCUCUAAACUCGCCGGCAAACUAUGGCGGAGUUCCCGCCGCCGUAGGAAGUGCGCCCGGCCUCGUCCCACCCCAUUACGGAUCAACAGGAAUGGACCAUUCGCCCUACUACUCGUCCCUGGCGCCAGCUUAUGAUAUGAAGCCGGGUGGUACGGACGUCUGGGGUGGAAGCUACGGACAAGCACCACCGGGAUAUUACCCUUACGAGAACACGUUUGGAAGCCAGUACCCAUACGACAGAUACUGUGGAGUCGACAUGAAUGACGGUGUCAGACGUAAGAACGCAACCAGGGAAUCCACUAACACACUGAAAGCUUGGCUUCAGGAACACAAGAAGAAUCCCUACCCCACCAAAGGCGAGAAAAUAAUGCUCGCCAUUAUAACUAAAAUGACUCUGACCCAGGUGUCGACUUGGUUCGCGAACGCGCGUCGUCGCCUCAAGAAGGAAAACAAAAUGACGUGGGUCCCAAAGAACCGCUCCAAUGAAAACGCGAGUUCUACCGACGAGAAGAAAAUAGACCCUGAUGACGACGACAGCAACUCACAAAACCAAGAUUGUGAUGACAAAAUCGAUGCUGACCAGUCCCUAGAUUCCGAUGACUCAGCAGAAAGGGAGGUAACAAGCACAAACGACAAUGACGUAACCAACACACCCUACUCACGUGAUAGUGGUGUAUAUGGAGGGGAAAAGAGCGAAGACUUAAAUGUGUCAGACCAAAACGAUCAACAGUUGGGUCAAGGAAAAGACUUUUCAAGCACGUACCAACAACCAAGCGACGUUGGUUUUGAGCGACCCGCAAUGCCAACAGACACUGUGCAAAGAUAUGGCCCGACCGACGCUUCCAGGAUCUGGUCGCCUAUUAACGAUAUUGGUAGCGGAUCUUCGUACCCGACAAAGUGCCCGGACAAUGUCGGAGAUUCUCAUUUGAACCUUCCUCCGUCGUUCCGUGGUUCCUACAGCGACGAUCAGUUCUCUGCCAUCAGUCGUCCGCAGCAAACUCCAUCAGCAGUCAGUCCUUCCAUGAUAAGCGGGGUUGACCUUCCUGGAAGAAUCGGUGAGUGCAGAUACCCGUCUGUUCAGAACUGGGUGGACGGGGUAUACCACAGCGCGAUCCCGCCGACCCCAGACCCGGAUUCGACAACUUGCCAUCCAAUUUCAGCGGAAAGGAGAGAUUCGAUUGACGGAAGAAUCGAAGUCGAUCGUUUGCAAGGAGUGUCGCCUUCCUCCCCUCAUUUCCAACACCAGCAGUUCCCAUGCAAACAAUUACCAACUCAAAACCCGCACCUAACUGUGAACGAUAACGAACACUACACCUACCACGAGCGCAGAGUUCCUACCGACAGCGUUGGAAGUCCAGGCAACCUCCAUGGUCAAGUUGCGCCUCCAUCCUACCAAAUGUUUGGAUUUAACAGCCAACUACAAGGCCUUGGAACUGGGGACUAUUACCACGACGAGCGCAUGGCAGCGCAGUCUUCAGCCGAAGCGAGACUGGGCUACUACAACCCCCAAAGAUCCGCCGACCCACGUCAGGAUAUGAACUCGCAACAACAACAAGGUCGCAUACACAACGUAUACCACCCUGGCGACCCAAAGCCGUCAGUCCUCGCCUCACCCUCGUCGGCGUCCGGUAGUUCGCCGGCUUCGCGGCAACUCUGUCCCGGAGAGCAAUCGUUGGCGAGUCGACUUGUCCCCAGUUCUUACCACGCCAAUCCCGGGAUGUCCGUUUCGGCAACAAACCCAAGUAUUUUCUCUGGUCAAUAUUACCAGAUGANCGGAGACCUUACAAAGCGAGGACACUCACAUACCAGCAACACACCCUCCAAUAACUACAUGAUGGUUUGUGGUAACGGAGUUGACCAAAGAAACAUGGACGCCACGCAGGGAUUUCAAAAUCCUUUAAACACUCAACACAACAGCUACAACCGGUCGCCAUUGCCAUCGAAUAGUCCCCAUACGGAGUUGAUAAUGUCGCCACGAGACGGGGACGAACUAAGGGAAAUGCAAGCAGCUGAGACCUUGACCAAUCUAUCCACAAGGUGAUGCUGUAGGUAGCUACGGUACCAGGGUUGGACCUGGCCACGAAUUGGCGCCGUUGGCCGAACGAACAUGGCUGAAAUACGUCAUCUUAACAGAAAUAAUUCACCGUUAGUAAGAUGGGCGGAGAACCAGCUGCAAGGCCAAGCCAACAUUCCCGCUGUAUAAUGUUCCUAAUAUACGUGGUUAUGCCUGACCGGUAUACCACGUAUACCGGUAUACCAGGGCGCGAUGUACCGAAGAUACUCACUGGGGUGUGGGAAAAUUUAAUUAAUUUUAAAGUGUUGUUAUUUCUUUUAAGUUAAUUCAACCUGCUGUAAUCAUUGCGUUAUUACAAAGAACAAAAAAUGAAA